GCCAGCUGGCGGUUACACGGCUUUCGGCAUUCACGGUGGUGAGGCCAAACUUCCUGGCGCCCACCCAUCGCAUCCACCGCGGGGCUUGGUGAGGCUUCACCUCUGAUCGCGAGGAGCCUGAAACUUGGAUGGUGGAAGAGGCAGCAGCUACAAACCCAGGAUGAGUAAAUUCUUCCGUAGAAACACUUCUCCUCCUGAUCCUUAAUAUUUUGACCGGGGUUUUUUGUUGCUUUGGGGUGGGGGGGGGAUAGAGAUGGAUCUCAAUCUUUAUACAUCUGCUAUAAGAUAUUUUUGCAAACAGAGUUGUAUACGAAGAUGUAUUGUGUACAUUUACCUGUAUAUUCUGGAACUUCUAAAAAUUUGAAUAUAAAAACUGAAAAUAUUUAAUGAAUAUCCAAACUGUGAGACCCAAUGAGCAUUCAACAACAUUCUGCUUCACUUUUUCUUUUGGACUGUGUUAACGAAUUGUAGUCGAAUCUGCCUUUUUCUUUUGUUUUGUUUUCUUUUCUUUUUAGAGAUUACGAAGCUAGGCAAAAAAAAAAAAAUUGUGCUUUUUGGGUUAAUAGAAACCAGUUCUAGGUGAUUAAGUAUGAUCUUAACUUAUUGAUACUGUGUUUUACUUUGUAAUAUUGUACUGUGGAUAAAACUAUAUUGAGCCAUGGAGUUGGAGUUUACAAAAAGAGAGCUUUUCACUUUGCCAAAAUGUUACAAUUUAAAGGCAGCAUAGUCUUCAGCUUUCCUAAUCUUUUCUUAAGAGCUAGUGUCUUUUUUGUACACUAAAAAAAAAAAGCUGAGUGCUGAUUUUGCAACAUAUAAUAAAUUCACUGUAUUGGAAAACAAGCAAACACUAAGGUUGUACGUUUCUUUUCAGUGCUGCGAGAGGACGUGAAAGAGAAAGGUGAUAAAUGGCUGGCGUGGAGUUUGAAAGCAGGAAGCAAAGGAUCUGUGUCAGUGAGGGAGUAAAAGUAUCAGAGCGGCGGCUCCGGGAACAAUGGCCGAGCCAUUCCUCGUGGAGAGCCCCGACGUCACCUACGGCAAGGACUUCAUCGAGGCCAAGUACACGUACAGCACCGUGCACGUCUGCAAGGAGAACGGCGUCACCAAGGUGCGGCCGUGCUCGACCCGCUUCACCUUCCGGACGGGGCGGCACGUCCCCCGCCUGGGCGUGAUGCUGGUGGGCUGGGGGGGCAACAACGGCACCACCGUGACGGCAGCCGUGCUGGCCAACAAGCUGGGGCUGUCCUGGAUGACCAAGACGGGGCGCAAGAAAGCCAACUACUACGGCUCCUUGCUCCAAGCUUCCACCGUCUGCCUGGGCACUGGCCCCUCUGGUGACGUCUACGUGCCUUUCCGGGACCUUCUGCCCAUGGUGCACCCCAAUGACAUCGUCUUCGACGGCUGGGACAUCUCCUCGCUGAACCUGGCGGAGGCCAUGCGGCGGGCGGAGGUGCUGGACUGGCCGCUGCAGGAGCAGCUCUGGCCCCACCUGGAGAAGAUGAAGCCACGACCUUCCAUCUACAUCCCCGAGUUCAUCGCCGCCAACCAGGAGGAGCGGGCGGACAACGUCCUCUGCGGGACCAUGGCUGAACAGAUGGAGCAGAUCCGCAGGGACAUCCGGGACUUCAAGGAGACCAGCGGGGUGGACAAAGUCAUCGUCCUGUGGACAGCCAACACGGAACGCUUCUGCGACGUCGUGCCGGGCCUCAACGACACGGCCAACAACCUGCUGCGGGCCAUCGAGCAAGGCCUGGAGGUGUCUCCAUCCACGCUCUUCGCCGUCGCCAGCAUCCUGGAGGGCUGCGCCUACAUCAACGGCUCCCCCCAGAACACCUUCGUGCCGGGCGCGGUGGAGCUGGCCGCCCAGCGCCACGUCUUCAUCUGCGGUGACGACUUUAAGUCGGGUCAGACCAAGCUGAAAUCGGUCCUGGUGGACUUCUUGGUGGGCGCCGGACUCAAGACCAAGUCCAUCGUGAGCUACAACCACCUGGGAAACAACGAUGGGAAGAACCUCUCGGCCCCACAGCAGUUUCGUUCCAAGGAGAUCUCCAAGAGCAACGUGGUGGAUGACACAGUCCAAGCCAACCCCAUCCUCUACGGACCUCAGGACAAACCCGACCACUGCGUGGUGAUCAAGUAUGUGCCCUACGUGGGGGACAGCAAACGUGCGCUGGAUGAGUACACGUCGGAGAUCAUGAUGGGCGGCACCAACACCAUCGUCAUCCACAACACGUGUGAGGACUCGCUGCUGGCCAGCCCCAUCAUCCUGGACCUGGCCAUCCUGACCGAGCUGUGCCAGCGCAUCACCUUCUGCACCGAGGCCGACCCCGAGUUCCAGGGCUUCCACAGCGUCCUCUCCAUCGUGGGGUUCCUCUGCAAAGCCCCACUCGUGCCCGAGGGCACCCCCGUCGUCAACGCCCUCUUCCGCCAGCGCAGCUGCAUCGAGAACAUCCUCAGGGCGUGCCUGGGGCUGCCCCCCCAGCACCACAUGCUGCUGGAGCACAAGCUGCAGCGGCCGGCGCCCAGCGCCAAGCGCUCCUGCCCGGGGGGGGCCGCCUGCCCCCUGGCCCCCAGGAAGACGCCGGGGGGGCCCCAGCUCAACGGGCACCCCUGCCCCGGGGCCCCCCGGCCGGGGCCCCCCCGCACUGCGCUGCGCAUCGACGGAGCCGACUAACGCGCUUUUGGGGGUUUUGGGAGGGGGG